CCCCGACGAAGCAGCUAGGGAGCGGUGUGGGACGUGAAAUCCGCCGCCCUCGCCCAGGCUUGCUACGGUAGUGCUUAGCAGCCACUGACAUUUUCCUUCCUGUUUGGAAGGCAGGCUUGCAUUGUAGAAAGAAAGCUCUGAAGGACUACCUUGAACUUGGCCUUGGCGCGUCGUCUCCCCCCCACCCCCCUUUUCUCUCCCACCCCCUUUCUCCCCACCUCAGCCGCUCGCACUCUCUCCCACCCCCUUUCUCCCCACCUCAGCAGACCUCUCUAUUUCUUCCCCUUCCCUGCUCCCCCUCCCCUCCCCUCCCCUUCCUUCUCCCAUGGCGGAGACAAAAAUCAUCUAUCACAUUGAUGAAGAAGAGACCCCCUAUCUGGUGAAGCUCCCCGUCUCUCCGGAAAAAGUAACUUUGGCCGAUUUUAAAAAUGUCCUCAGCAACCGGCCCGUGCAGUUCUACAAAUUUUUCUUCAAAUCGAUGGAUCAGGAUUUUGGGGUGGUGAAGGAAGAGAUCUCGGACGACAAUGCCCGGCUUCCCUGCUUCAACGGACGUGUGGUGUCCUGGUUGGUUCUGGCAGAGAGCUCCCAUUCGGAUGCCGGCUCCCAGUGCACGGAGAGCCACACGGACCUCCCUCCGCCCAUUGAGAGAACAGGGGGCAUUGGAGACUCGCGCCCCCCUUCCUUCCACCCAAACGCCGCAAGUAGCCGAGAUGGUCUGGACAAUGAAACGGGGACGGAGUCCGUGGUCAGCCACAGGCGAGAUCGACACCGGCGGAGGAACCGAGAAGCUCACGAAGACAUCUCCCGCGUCAAUGGGCACCCGAAACUCGACAGGCACCGGGAGCACCCGCUCCCCUACGACAGCUCCUCCACCAUGAUGAGCAGCGAGUUGGAAUCCAGCAGCUUCAUCGACUCGGAUGACGACGAGAACACAAGCAGGCUGAGCAGCUCGACCGGACAAAGCACUUCAUCCCGUCUCAUCCGGAAGCACAAACGCCGGCGGAGGAAACAGAAGAUGCGUCAGAUCGACAGAUCAUCUUCCUUCAGCAGUAUCACAGACUCCACCAUGUCGUUGAACAUCAUCACUGUGACCCUCAAUAUGGAGAAAUACAAUUUCCUGGGGAUCAGCAUUGUGGGCCAAAGCAACGACCGGGGAGACGGCGGGAUCUACAUUGGCUCCAUCAUGAAAGGCGGGGCCGUGGCGGCCGACGGACGGAUUGAACCAGGAGACAUGCUUCUCCAGGUGAACGAGGUCAACUUUGAGAACAUGAGCAACGACGACGCGGUGCGGGUGCUACGGGAAAUCGUCUCCAAGCCAGGCCCCAUCAGCCUCACGGUGGCGAAAUGCUGGGACCCAACGCCGAGGAGUUACUUCACAAUUCCCAGGGCUGAGCCAGUGCGACCCAUCGACCCCGCGGCCUGGAUCUCUCAUACCACGGCCCUGACGGGAGCGUACCCCCGUUACGGUAUGAGCCCUUCCGUGAGCACCAUCACCUCUACCAGCUCCUCACUAACAAGCUCAAUCCCCGAUUCGGAAAAACUGGACGAAUCUCCCUUGACGGUGAAAAGCGACAUGGCCACCAUUGUCAAGGUGAUGCAGUUACCAGAUUCGGGCCUUGAAAUUCGGGACAGGAUGUGGUUGAAGAUUACCAUCUCCAACGCGGUUAUAGGAGCCGACGUUGUAGAUUGGCUUUACACACAUGUGGAAGGCUUCAAAGACCGCAGGGAGGCCCGCAAGUAUGCCAGCAGCAUGUUGAAACAUGGCUACCUCAGGCACACUGUGAACAAAAUCACCUUCUCGGAGCAGUGUUACUACGUCUUCGGCGACCUCUGCGGGAAUCUGGCUGCCCUGAACCUUAACAACGGUUCGAGCGGCGCGUCGGACCAAGACACACUGGGCCCCCUCCCGCACUCGGCCACGCCUUGGCCGUUGGGCCAAGGCUACCCUUACCAGUACCCCCUUGGCCCUCCCUGUUUCCCGCCAGCGUACCAGGACCCUGGCUUCAGCUACGGAAGUGGUAGUGCAGGAAGCCAGCAAAGCGAAGGAAGUAAAAGCAGCGGCUCGAAUCGAAGCAACAGCGAAAAUAGCCGGAGGGCGCUGAACCGGGAGAAGGAUCGCAAAUCCGCCGGCAGCGGCGGCGAAUCCGACCACACCGCCCGGAGUGGGGGAGGGGGGAGUGCUCUGCGGCGGGAGCGGCCCGCCAGCCAACUCAGCCAUCACAGCCACGUCUCCGCUGCCACCAGCGAGCGAAGCCCGCGCAGCCACCACUCCUCCGGGCCCCCGGGCGUGCCGCCGCUCUACCCUUUCCCCAAGCUGGGCUCCAAAGUCUACGGGACCAGUGGGCCUCCCGGUGGCCCCCCGCUGCGGGAACUCGGCUCCGUCCCCCCGGAGCUGACCGGGAGCCGCCAGUCGUUCCAGAAAGCCAUGGGCAACCCUUGCGAAUUCUUCGUCGAUAUCAUGUGAACGAGCAGAAGUGCCUUCAGAGACUCCCUGCAGAGGGUUGAUUUUUGGGGGGCGGGGCGGGGCCGGGGUGUCCCCUUUUCCCAUUUGCGAAACGACGUCGGGACACUUUAGGGGAGAAGCAAAAACCCUUUGACUGUCUUUUGCAUGUCACACCUUCCUGACUUUUGAUUGUGUGUUGCAAACAAACGAGGAAGAGAAAUUCUGGGAUGUUAGAUCUCUGCUCAUGGGUGGAAUCUUUGUUUCCUUUCUCUUCUCUCUCUCUCUCUCUCUCUCCCCCCCUUCCCUUUGUUUUCUGAAUGUGAUUGGUGUUUUCUUCACAUACCCUAAUGAGCUUCGUUAUCUGUGGCACCCAGUGCAAUUAUACUGUGUCCCUCCGCCCAUCUCUCUUUUGGCCGAAUUGAGGAAUAGUAUUUUGUAUUACUUUAAAGAAAACAAAACCAACAAUCCUCUGAUCAUGCAUAUUUGCACUUUCUUUCUUUCUUUCUUUCUUUUUUCUUUUUGUUAAACAUUCUGGUUUCUUUCUUUCUCUGGCUACUUCGGAUGAUUUUUUGCAAUGAUUUGGAGAGUGCUAUGCUUGCUAGCCACUGUGAAAUCUAGGGUCUGUCCAGGAGAGCUGGUCAUGUGGUAGCAGGUAUAAAUUGUCCCCUUUGCUAAGCAGGAUCCACCCUGGUUUGCAUUUGGAUUGUAGACCUCAUAUGUGAGCACUGUAAGACAUUUCCCUUAGGGGAUGGGGCCAUUUUGGGAAGAGCAGAAGGUUCCAAGUUCCCUCCCUGGCAUUUCCAGUUCGGGCUGAGAGAGACUCCUGCCUGCAGUCUUGGAGAAGCCGCUGCCAGUUUGUGUAGACAAUACUGAGCGAGAUGGACCAAGGGUCUGACUCAGUAUACGGCAGCUUUUCCUAUGUUCCGGGCUGAGGGGCAUUCUGGGAGCCCAACCCCAGGGGAUGGAAAGUUAACUCUCCACGGAGGUUGUGUUUUGGUUUCUCUUGUUGAAUUAUUAAGGCCUUGAAGCAUUGGAUGGCGGAGUCUUUUCCGAGUGAUUACCCGAGGAGGAAAGGUUUGGUAGCAUGCUGAAUGCUGCCGCCUGGCACCAGCGAUCAUGUAGCCCAUGAGCCAGGGCCACGGAUUUGGGUCAUCUGUACCAUCUUGGGACGGAUGUUCAUCGUGAUUUUGGGCAACAUCUUCCCACCGCUGCGGAGAUUGAAAAGAGGUGAUAGCUAGCUGCACUUACAGCUUCUUCUGACUUAUCAAUCCUUCUUUCUCCCUUCUUGACUUACACCAGCCAUUAGGGCAAAAUGACGGUCCGUUGUCCACAGAGGAAAGGGUCAGGGUCAGAAUUAGGGCAGCCGCACACAGAUUGUCGUCCUCUCUCCAUGCAGUAAUCUUGGGAGGUCAUGCCUGCCAAUUGCCGUUUUCAUUCCUCCUCCGACCAAAUUGUAUCAUAGUUUUUGUGUCUUAGAACCACCCUUGCAAAUGUGUCCGCUGCAGGCCCGAUUGGAUGAUCAGAGCACGAGAACACCCUGGAAGCUGAAAGUCCUGCAAUGCGAUCUCCUCUUUCCCAUCUCUAGGGGUGUAAACUGUGUCAAAAAUCACCAUGAGCGUUCGUCCCCCCUGAUGGUACCAGUGCCCCAGCUACUUGUGGACAAACGGUUGGCGUUCCUCAUUCCUCUAAAAGUGCGUCCACAUGUGAACCUCAGAUGUGUGUUCUGCCUUGAAGACCCGGGCCUCUUUGCCCUGAUUCGUACACAGAAGGAAGCCUCCCAGUGCCUGUAGUGGUGUGCCAGUCCACACAGCUGCUACAGGCAGCUGAGCCGAGAGGCUUCCCCGCCCCAACCCUCUCCUCCCUCCAGGAAAGGAUAGUUUCAGACUUCCAUGGUGCAAUAGACCCAGAAAACACACACCUGUGUGCUUGUAGCUUGCAUUUGGACCGGUGGCUAUAAAGGGUGAAGAUUCUCCCACAAAAUCGUCGUGAGAACUCCCAGUCAUUCUGCAAGAAAUGAAUUAAUGUGUUUGUGGUGUUGUUGGCGGAUGGUCAUGUAUCAGUUUUGGGGGGUUUUUUUGGAGGCAAGGUGGCGAGGCUGUUGCUCAGUCAAGUGACGGCUCAGUCUGAGGAACUAAGCUUGCAGCAGCGUCCCGACUGGACCGCUGCAGUACCAGUUCUGGCCAUUAUAUGGGUGGCACUGCUGAGCAGAAGGAAGCGGGCCAAUAAUUGCCUGGCUCUUGCCAGAGUCCUCGAUUCAAGACCCCUGGCGCCUUACAUGGUGUGUGUGAUUGGCUGGCUUCCAACACAAAGGUAGGGUAGCACGACUUGCCCUCAGAAGAGUCUGCAACAUUGCAUCUGUGUGAGUCACUUCACUAGCCCAACUUCCUUCCAAACAGCCCCCUCUGAGAGCGAGCAGUUCUACUGAAUGUCGGCAGUGAGCGUCGCUCAAUUGGUUCAGCCGUGUUCAGAGUAUAGAUGCUUGAGAAUCAACCUGUUCUCGGAGGAGGCAUCCUGUUCUGUCUCUGAGUUAUUGCUUGAAGCUAGCUUCCUUCCAGGCAGGAGGAAGGGCCAGAUCUGUGACUCACUCAAAUCAGCAACAUGGGGGGCGGUGAGAUUCCUCUAAAGGUCCAUCUUUUUGCGGGGGGGGGGGUGAGAUGGAAGUGUCCCUCCAGUUUUUAAUUAAGCAAACUAAACUUGGCUAUUCUAGAUGUGGGCAGCACUGUAUUAGCACUUUGAUGGGGUGGGAGGGAGGGGUCUCUUGAUGGUUAUUUCUCCUUGACACCCCUUUUUUUUGUGUUAAACUUUUAAGGCAAUCAAAAUAACCAGAGUCUAGUAGGUGUGUGCUUUUGGAUGCGACGGCGGCAUGCAUUGCGAGAAAGUUUGUGACUUUAUUGACAAUCGCUGUGACAAUUCUGCUUGUGGGAACCAUUUUGUGUUUCUGUUCUCUUCUUCUUCCUAGCUCCUGUUUGGGCACGUCUGCACUCUAAUCUUUAAACUGGUUUGAAUCUGCUUCCAGUGGCAACAGUGAUUCCUUCCUUCCCCUUGCAACCCUCGAAAUCCUGGGAAACGUGGUUUUGCCAGUGUCAAAGCAGACAUGACUGUGAGACAUCAUUUUGGUCUCUUCUUCCCAGUUCUUGUUUAGCACAUCUGCACAUUAAUCUUUACACUGGUUUGAAUCUGCUUCCAAUAGCAACAGUGAUUCCUUCCUUCCCCCUGCAACCCUCAAAAUCCUGGGAAACGUAGUUUUGACAGUGUCAAAGUAGAUAUGACUGUCAGAAAUCAUUUUGGUCUCUUUUUCUUCCCAGUUCCUGUUUGGCACAUCUGCACACUAAUCUUUACACUGGUUUGAAUCUGCUUCCAAUAGAUUCCUUCCUUCCCCCUGCAACCCUCGAAAUCCUGGGAAACACUGGUUUGAAUCUGCUUCCAAUAGCAACAGUGAUUCCUUCCUUCCCCCUGCAACCCUCGAAAUCCUGGGAAACGUAGUUUUGCCAGUGUCAAAGUAGACAUGACUGUCAGAAAUGAUUUUGUUUUCUUCUUCUUCCCAGUUCCUGUUUGGCACAUCUGCACUCUAAUCUUUAAACUGGUUUGACUCUGAUUCCAAUGGCAAUCUUCCUUCCUUCUUCCCCUGCAACCUGCCAAAUCCUGGGAAUCAUAGUCUUGCAAGGGUCAAGUUAGACAUGAUGGACAGAGCUCCCACACUGGAGUUCCCAACAUCUUUUUCUUCCACUUUAAUGUGAGAGUGGGGGGCAAUUGUGCAGAAAGGUGUGUCUUGGUUUUAACCCUUUGCCAUCUAGUUCAGUGUCAUCUGCUUUUGACUGCUGCUAUUCAAGAUAUCAAGCAGAGGGUCCUUUCCCCAACCCUUCUACCUGAGAUUCUUUGAAAUGGAGACACCAGGGAUUCAAUCACUAGCUCGACCACUACGUUAUGGGCCCUCUCCUCACAUGAUGGUAUAUAUUGCUUUUCUUUCCCCUGCAUCUGGAUAGGGAAAGUCUUUUGUGUGAAGUAACCCUCCACCCUCUGACUAAAUGUUGAAAAAGCAAACAGGAUGCCCCCUGAAAAGAUAAGAAAUGCACCAGACCAUGAGUUUUAGAAGAGUGUGCCAUUGUUCUAAGUUUUGUGCAACGAGAAGAAAUUUGCAUUUUGGGCCGUCUUUUCACGGUGAAGACCGAGGCAACGUGUUUUCACGGUGAAGACCGAGGCAACGUGUUUUCACGGUGAUGCCUUGGAAUGCAGUGAAUGUUCAGUCUUCUACUACACUUGAAACAUUACAAAUUUCUUCACCCUUAGAACGUUACCUCAUCUUCAUCCUUAACAGCCUUACACAUGGUCUCUUGAUUUAUCUCUGUGUUUGCUCUUCUCUUUCAGAACAAACUGUCCCUAGAUACUUUAUCCAAAUGCUAUUGGACAGCUCUCCCUGAAGUCAUAGACAUUGGCCUUUGACUUGUUUCCCCUCAUUCUGUUUUUUGACAGCUAGGCACUUCCAAAUUGGGACUGACAAAAUCUUGGGUUCCUCUGUUUUCUUUUUCAAUCGCAUUUAACUGGAUUGUAUUGAAGUAACUUCAAAAGAAUGCUUCAUUCUAAUCGGUGAUUAGAAAGAUGUGUAAAGAAUUUGUGUAUAGUGGAGAAAAGUCAAAAUAUUUUAAAGGACUGGGUUGGGUGGGUAAAACCUCUAUUCCACACAUCUUCCGAUAACUCUCCUAGGAUGGGUUUGACUCCAAGACUGACUUUUUAGUGGUGUGAACUGCACGUUCCCCAUUUUGAAUGUCUGUUCCAUGAUUUGAAUUCUUUCUUUUUGUAGAUAUUGUAUUAAAACUUCAAGUGUCUGUAUAGUUAAUAUAUAGCUGCUUAUGAGUAAAUGCUAUUUUAAACACUAAAAAAAAAA